CGAUUGGCUGAAUUGCCUAAUUCUGCUCCUAUGUCUUAUAGUCUUAUGGUCAUAACCCCUCAUUUAAUGGUUGUGGUCCAUGGCAUAAAAAAAGGUUGGGAACCCCGCCUAGAAACUUGUUUGUUCCUCCAGACUCCAGCAUCUGCAGUGUUUUGAAUCUUCAACCCUGAUUCUGUUCUUGACCCGAGCACUUUUAAUUCCUUGGGUAACACGGUGGAAUAGCGGUUCGCGUAGACGCUAUUACAGUGCCAGCGAAAUGGGUUCAACAUCUUCUCAUCCUGACCCUAAUGGUUUCCUCCCACAUUCCAAAUACUAACGGAGUUAACAGGUUAACUGGCAGCGCAGGCUCGUUGGAUCGGAAGUAUCUCAAAAUAAAUAAAUUCCACGGCAAACCAAGAGGGUAUAACCUUGCUAAACUGGUCCAAACCAGAUGGCUUCCCUGGUGAAGUUCUGAAACUAAUUCGGGAUGACUGAAGUGAGAUGAAGUGAGUUUGUCCCUUUAACUACUGUUGGAACCACCCAGUGGUGAUGUCAGUGUGUUGAUGUGCUGUGCCAGGAAGUCCGGAAGAAAAACGGGAUUCAUGUGUUGCCUGAGCGGGUGACACUGCUCCAUGUAGGCGAGAUUGCCUUGACCCUCGUUGAAGUCGUUUCGAUCUGGUAUUAACCGAGACUGCCAGCCAUGGGCACUGGAAUGUCUAAGAUCUUGGAUGGCCUGUAUCUGGGGAAUAUUAGAGACUCGCAGGACAAGGACAAUCUGGUUAAGAAUGGAAUCACGCACAUCCUGUCGAUUUACAACAAUGCCAAGCCUGUGCUGGAGGACAUGAGGUAUCUCUGCAUUCCUGCAUCUGAUUCCUCAAACCAGAAUCUGAUACAGUACUUUAAGGAAUGUAUCAAGUUUAUCCACGAAAGUCGAAUUCACGGUGGAGGAUGCAUUGUCCAUUGCUUGGCUGGAGUGUCACGCAGCACAACCAUGGUGACGGCAUACCUCAUGACGGUGACUGAUUAUAGCUGGGAGGAGUGUUUGUUCGCAGUGAAGUCUGUCCGAUCGUAUGCCAACCCAAACAUUAGCUUCCAGCAACAGCUCCAGGAGUUCGAGGCAACUCUUGUAAAAGAGUAUCGGAGAUGGCUUCGGGCAGAAUACGGUGAAAAUCGAUUUAACGACAAGCAGGAGAUAGGGAAGAUGGUGUCACAGUACAAUGAGAAGCAGAAGCAGCGGCACACGAGAUAUGGGGAGCAACAAGGCACAGACCAGUCGGCAAACGUCUAUCCUCUCCCUUACAAAGCCUAUGGCAGCAGCAGCCAUGACUGGGUGAACAGAUAGUGGGAAUCGGUGCCAGACUGCCUGAUGUCAUCUUAUUCAUUGUAAAUUAGCUGGAAUAUAUGUAGUAUAGAAGCCCGUGGUGCAAUAUAAUGCAAGAGUAUUAUGUGUAUACACAGAAUUCUUUUUUGUUUAUCACUGACAGUUUUCCUUAGCAACAUUGUGAGAGUUGUGCCUUUUCUUAAAUCAAGUGCCUAACUAAGAUUUGAGUUCAUCCGGAUUAGGCCAGCUCCUUUUCUUUAUUCAGAACCAAUGUUUGCUGUGAUAUCUAUGGGCUAAUUCCUGUUGGCCUGGAAUUUAUUUAACAAUGGAUGAUAUUGCCAUUUUCACACAGAGACUUUGACAGUGUUUUAAAAUGCAAACGUUUUAUUCCCUAUGCCGGUCAGAAGUUGUAUUUUCUUUCAUGUCUGCCAAACAAAUUUUAAAGUGUGUAAAAUAAAACUCAAAAUUUG